UUGGCCUUUCCUAGAUUUUUCAGAUCCUGGCCUUACUGGCGUGGCCCUGAUUUGCAACCACAACUUCUUGUCUUCCAGACUUGUCAGGAGACGAAGGAUCUCAGUGCUCUGACGAAAGCAGCCGAUUUUGUGAAAGCAUUCAUACUUGGGUUUCAAGUAGAGGACGCUCUUGCUCUCAUCAGAUUAGAUGAUCUCUUCCUAGAAUCGUUUGAAGUUACAGACGUCAAACCUCUGAAGGGAGACCAUCUGUCGCGAGCCAUAGGGAGAAUAGCAGGGAAAGGCGGAAAAACAAAAUUCACCAUAGAAAACGUGACCAGGACGCGAAUCGUUCUUGCGGACGCGAAAAUUCACAUUUUGGGAUCUUUUCAGAACAUUAAAAUGGCACGAACAGCAAUUUGCAAUCUAAUUUUAGGAAGCCCUCCAUCCAAAGUGUAUGGCAACAUUCGGGCCGUGGCCAGCAGAGCAGCUGAACGAUUCUGA